AUGGCUACUACAGACCCUCAGCCUCUCAGCCCUCUGCGUCCUCUACAACGACAUAUCACGGCUCACAACGACAAAUCCGAGGCGAUUUUCAGUGAUGCCAUACCCGCCGAAGCCCCAGUCCGAUCCGUCAUGGGAGGAGACAUGGAAUUCAGCCUUAUGUUCACGACUUCCAAAUUCCCUGUCUCCAUGAACGACGACAAGGAUCUCGAAGGAUAUAAAGGCUAUCUGAAGACGCCACCAGCCAUAGUCAUUCCAGGCGGUACCGUCUGUCGCACUGUUGAUUUCCCUCCUGGCUAUGCCUCCCCCAUGCAUCGGACGGUGUCAUUGGACUUUGGCGUGGUCUUGGAAGGAGAAAUUGAACUGAUUUUGGACUCUGGUGAAACUAGAACUCUUAAAAGGGGCGAUGUUGCUGUCCAGCGAGGCACGAAUCAUGCAUGGAGGAAUAAGAGUACGGAAACCUGGGGGAGAAUGCUGUAUGUGCUGCAGUCUUCGGAGGAGGUUAUGGUUAAUGGAAAAGCACUCGAACUGGAUGAAGGUGGAAUUGACUAG